AUGGUUAUCUGCUUCAUCUGUGGAAGAUCAUUGUUCCCGUCCAACCAGUCAGCGACCAUCCGCAGGCCUUUCCCUCUGGCUCAUGGAACAACGACCCUUGGUUUCAUUUUCCAAGAUGGCGUCAUAGCUGCUGCAGACACACGUGCCAGUGCCGGGGGGCUUGUUGCGAGCCCGACUGUUAAUAAGAUUACCCCCAUUCACUCCCACUUGGUGGCCACCUCCUCUGGUAGUGGUGCAGACUGCAUGUUGUGGGAGCGACUUUUGACCAGAGAGCUCAGACUGUACCAGCUGCGGAACCGACGGCGCCUGUCGAUAUGUGGCACUGCUAAACUCUUAUCAUUCAUGCUGCAUCCCUUUAAAGGGACUGAUGUGUGUGUGGCCCUGACACUGUGUGGCUGGGACACGGGAGCAGGUAGCACAGACUUAUCCUCUCUGAUCGAUGACAGCUCCUCGGUUGCUGUUAGUAGCCAAGGUGAUACUAACAGUGGCCCAAAGCUGAUAUACGUGUGCAGUGAUGGAGCCCGACUGCAGGGGGAUGUCAUCUCUGUGGGCUCAGGUUCUCCGUAUGCUUAUGGCAUCCUGGACAGCGGACUCAGGGGGAGCCUGAGCAAAGACGAGGCCUUCUCCCUGGCAAGAGAGGCUGUGUUCAGAGCCACGCACAGGGACGCCUACUCAGGAAACAACGUGGAUCUCUUCCACAUCACAGAGCAGGGAUGGAAGCAGAGAGAGAGGGAGGAACUGAAAGAUGAAUAUUAUAGAGACAUGAAAAGGAAGGCAAUGAUAGUGGAGGAAAGAAAGAGAGUGACUGGAUUAAAAGUUCCUACAUAA